AUGCCAGGACAUCGCUGUAUUGCCCCCGGUUGUAAUUCCGGUUAUGAUUCCUGUAAAGAAAAAUAUCAUUUUUUCACAGUUCCCAAGGAUGAUAUUCAAUUACGAGAAUGGACAAAAGCAAUUCCGAGGAAAGACUUUUUAAUAAAACCUCGUCAGGUUGUUUGUGAACGGCAUUUCCACGAAGAAGACAUUUUAAGGAAACGAAUAAUGACUGACAAAGAUGGGACAAUUUUAGCUGAGGCUGUAUAUAAAAUUCCGAAAUUAAAAGAAGGAGCUAUACCGUCAAUAUUUCCAAACUGUCCAAAAUACCUAUCCUACUCUUUAAAACGAAGGAAAUUACCAUUAAUUAGAAGUAGCUCACCUAAAAAAAAGAAAACCGACAAAAAAAAAGACCCACAAAUGGAUUGUGCAUUCAAUUCUAAACCGUCAAUAGAAAUUGCUAUUACUGAUUCUAUUAAUGAUUCAGUAGGGAUUUUCUCAUUCUCUAAACUUCAAGAAAAUUUUAACAGCAUUGUUUUUCCUAGUGGAUGGAGCAGGCAUGACAUUCCUGGAAAGUUGAUAAUGUUUUCUUUUUUUAUUGUUAAAACAGAAGAAACAGCAAAUACAGAAAAUUAUAUUCCCACUCCUAUUUUAUAUAAAAGAGUAUGCUUAGGAGUAAAUUUAAAUGUUCAAUGUUUUGUUAUGAAUAUAUCAGUUAAUAAUGACCUUUUUGGAUUAAAUAGAUUAAAUUGUAUUAAAGACUUAGAAGAUAUUUUAAAAAAAUUUGAUACUAGUGUCAUUUGUAAAGGAUAUAAAUUAAAAGAACAACUUCUACAUUCUAAAACAACAUUUACAGAUCCGGCUGGUAAUAUUAGACAUAUCAUGUGUCCACUCAUCUUGAACCAAAAUAAUGACUGUAAAUAUUGUAACAAAGCUAUACGGACUAUUAUGCGCAAAAGGCUCCGUUUACAAAAAAAUAAUACUACUCCAAAGAGAAUUCAUAUUUUAUCUAGUCCCAAAGUACAACAACUUCGUAAAAAUCACAAAUUAACAUUGCAAAGGAAAUAUCGAGCUGUAAUACUCAAUAAAAAGCUAAAAAAUAAAUUAUUUAAUAUGCAAGGUGAAAUGUCAAAACUGACCACAAUGAAUCUUGAAGAAAGGCUAACAACUAAUAAGAUACCUACUAAUCAACGGGUUGCCUUACAUGAAAUUUUGUCCGCAUCACAAGUCCUCAAUUUAAAAGGUCGCAGAUAUUCCGAAGAUUGGAUCCUUUUAUGUUUACUAUUUCAUAUGCGUUCACCAUGUGGCUAUAAUUUUGUUAGAAAUAAUGACAUUAUGCCAUUACCUUGUGUAAGGACCAUAAGAAGGUACCUAUCAUCUAUCGAUACACAAUGUGGGUUUGAUCCAAAAUUUCUACAGAUGUUUUCUCUUUAUAUGGCACAAAAAGAAGAAUUUCAACGCCAUGGUUUGCUCGUGUUUGAUGAAAUUUCCACUCGCGAGAGUAUUGCAGUUAACUCGGCAAAUCUUACAUAUACAGGUCUAGUCGAUUUUGGUGAAGAAGGUGAGAAAGGAAAAACUUUCAGUGAUAAAGCAAAUCAUGGAUUAGUAUUUAUGUUUAUACCAUUAGAAGAUAAUUAUGCCCAACCCGUUGGUGUUUUUGCAUCAAAGGGACCGACUAAAGGUGUAGUACUAACUCAGUUAGUAAUAAAAGCUAUCACAGUACUCGAAAAAGCAGGAGCGUUUAUCCAUGGAAUUGUAUGUGACGGGGCAGCCCCAAAUCGAAAAUUUUGGAGCGAAAUGGGAAUAUGUGGAAAAAUUAAUAAAGUUAAAAAUUGGUUUGAGCACCCAACAGAUGAAAAACGGAAAAUAUUUGUGUUCUCUGAUACGCCACAUUUAUUUAAGAAUAUCAGAAAUAGGCUCUAUAAUAAUAAAGAGCUCAAGAUUCAUGAAAAUGAACCACCAGUAAAAUGGGAUCAUUUUGUAAAUGUUUACAAUUUGGAUAAACUGAAUCCUGGGAAUUUAAAAGUUUGUCCUAAAUUAUCUGCAUCUCAUAUAGUUUUGAACAGUUCUGCAAAAAUGCGUGUUCGUCUUGCUGUGCAGAUUCUUAGUAACUCAAUGGCAAAGAGUCUUGAGUUUUAUCGCUCUUAUAGUCCUCAGUUAAGCGAUUCUACAGCAACUGAGAAUUUUUGCUUGAAAAUGAAUGCAGCGUUUGAUGCAUUAAAUCGAAAGCUAAAGAAUGAAGGAGUGUCGCCAAAUAGUGAUGAUUAUAAAAUUUUACAAAAUACUCUGGAGUGGUUGAAUGAAUGGGAACAGCGUGUUAUUGAUAACAAAAUAAAGCCAAAACACUUUCUUACCAAUAAUACUUCAGAAGGGCUAAGGGUAACUUUGACUUCCACUUUAGAAAUUUGCACUUACUUAAAAGAAAAAUAUGGUAUACAAUACAUUCUUACUGGAAAAAUUAAUCAAGAUGAUGUGGAAGUAAGAAAAAUAUAA